CACGUUGGCCCGGACGUGGCAGUCUGCUGUAGUCCUUGUGAAGCAACCUCAACGUCAAGCAACAAUUGUGCCUCUUUUUAGGGGGUGGAUUUUUAUUUGCCUUUCUAAACAAUCAAACAUCACACUCCAGUAAUGGGGCUGACCUUAUCGUCAGUCUUCGGACGACUUUUUGGCAAAAAACAAAUGAGGAUUUUAAUGGUCGGGCUGGAUGCUGCAGGGAAAACAACCAUCCUAUACAAGCUGAAGCUAGGCGAAAUUGUAACUACCAUACCCACUAUAGGUUUCAAUGUGGAGACGGUUGAGUACAAGAACAUCAGUUUCACAGUGUGGGAUGUGGGCGGUCAGGACAAGAUCAGGCCCCUGUGGAGACAUUAUUUCCAGAACACACAGGGCCUCAUCUUUGUAGUGGACAGCAAUGACCGCGAAAGAUUGGCUGAGGCUGCAGAUGAGCUCUCAAAGAUGUUGCAGGAGCAGGAGUUGAAAGACGCCAUCUUGCUGGUGUUUGCCAACAAACAGGACCUCCCCAACGCCCUGUCAGUCAGCGAGGUUGCAAACCAACUGAGUCUCAACGAUCUUCGCAGCAAAAAGUGGCACGUUGAGUCAACCUGUGCCACCCAGGGCACCGGGCUGUAUGAAGGACUGGACUGGCUUUCCACAGAGCUCUCCAAGUAGACUGACUGUACGGAAGAGAGUGACCUUUCACGGACAUUCAAUCGGGAAACAUUUGGUCUUCUAGCUGCAGACAUUGCUGGAGACCAGUAUAAUGGUGUUUUUUGAUUGGGGUGGGUGGGAUUGAGGGAUUGGGGGGUAUUGUUGUGUCUCCAACUUGUGUUUUGAAGCCUAUUCCUUUAUUAUCAGACAUCCUUUUUACCUGGCAAAGAAUGGUACCUUGCAUUCCAUUGUAUGACCAGUAAUGCAAUUUGAAUACUCGACCAGUUGAGUAGUUCCACUUUGGUUCUUUCUGUGAAGUAGUGGUUGACUGAGGUGUGGACCAACGCUGCAAUGAUUUGACUGUGUGAAGUGUUCUUGAACCAGUGCUUGGAUCCAAAAAGAAACAUUGUGCCUUCUGGCCCCCCCUCUUUUAUAUAAUCCUGACUAAAUCUGUUUUAGCAAGUUACUUUGACCUAGACAACCAUCAUUUAUGGUUGUCCAGUCUAAUAAACAAUUGUUUAACCAGAGAGGGAACAUGCUAACAUGGCAUGAUGAAGUAGCAUUUGGGCUUUUUGUCUUUAUGUAGCAGCAAAUGCUUGCUGCUGAGUUUGAUAGCAAAUACUUUACUUAAUUACUGUGCACAAUAUUGAAAAAACUUAAUUAUUGGGGGUUUACAUUCCAUCAUGCUUGCAGAGCUGGAAAGUUAAAGUCACUGAUAAUAUAAAUGUGCUUUCAAAUGUUUUAGAAAAACGUUGACAAUAAAGAUUGAAAGUUAUU